CAAACGCGUAGUGUUUUUUUUCAGUGCCGAAAACAAAAUCAAAAUUUUCAUAAUGUUGAUAUUUUAGAGACUGCUACAAAAUUGUUGUGCACAUGUACCCCGCUGAAGCGAACCGAGCGUGAGAACCGAUCGCCAGAAGAAGCCGCAGACAGUUGCAUAAACCGCGCAGCCACCGCCGAAAUCGAAGAGGAGGAGCUCCCCGGGAUUCAGAGCGAACUUUGGAUGCGCCGCGAUGGGCUUGCUGGUGCAAGUGUUCAAGUGGGACCAGCGAUGGUGUCUGCUGCAACGGGUGGACAUCCUGCUGCGGCGGGGCAUCAAGAAGCAGGCGGUGAAUCCGACCAAACUCGCUGAGGUGGGUCGCCUGGUGGAGGCCCGUGACGACCGGUACGAGACGGGGCAGCUCUUCCUGCACCGCAUCUUCGGCUACCGCGGCGUCAUCCUCUUCCCCUGGACAGCCCGCGUCUACGACCGGGAUCUGCACAAUCCCGGCAAGAUCGGCGCCACGACGACGACGGCGACCGCCAAUCCGACGCAGCAGCAGCGCACCAAAGAGGCUUCCCUGCGGGUGAAGGCCAACACCGCCGCUCCGACGACGGCCACAACCGCCCAGAGCGGCGAUGCCCCCUCCGCGGCAGCCUACCAGCCAGACGCACCCGGCGAGGCGGAGGGCACCGCAAACGUGGGAACUGCCACGCAGGUGGAUCCCAAAGAGGUCAAGGGCAAGGUGCAAACCUUCUACCAGGUGCUCAUCGACACCCGCGACUGUCCGCACAUCCGCGCCCAAACCGAGGCAGUCACCUUCCUGGGCAACCAGGACUCCAACCGCAGCCUGUACGCCAUCCCCGGGCUGGACUACGUGGCCCACGAGGACAUCAUGCCCUACAACUCCAGCGAGAAGAGUCCGCUGCAGCACGAGCUGUUCGACAAGUUCCUCACCCACGCACCGGAGGCGGAUCCGCCGUUCGUGGGCCAGGACACGCUGAAGGCGUGGCAGGAGAAGAACCAUCCCUGGCUGGACAUGAGCGACGUGCACAAGGAGACCACGGAGAACGUGCGCAUCACGGUCAUCCCCUUCUACAUGGGUUGCCGCGAGACGCCCGCUAGUUCGGUUUACUGGUGGCGCUACUGCAUCCGUCUGGAGAACCUGGGCGAACUGAGUGUGCAGCUGCGCGAGCGCCACUGGCGCAUCUUCUCGCUGUCGGGAACCCUGGAGACGGUGCGCGGCCGGGGAGUUGUGGGCCAGGAGCCCAUCCUCAGCCCCCGGCUGCCCGCCUUCCAGUACAGCAGCCAUGUGAGCCUGCAGGCGCCCAGCGGCCAUAUGUGGGGAACCUUCCGGCUGGAGCGCGAGGAUGGCUAUUCGUUCGACUGCAAGAUUCCGCCCUUUUCGCUGGAGAGCAAGCCGGACGACCUGGGACCACCCACGCCCACCGCCCACGAAAAGAAGCGCGACGAUAGCGACUAGGAGGCAGUUGUUGAACCGUAGUUAAAUGAUUUUAAAACGCAACCUUCUCUGACAAUGCAUGCGUACAUGUGUUUAGUGCAAAUUACAAUAAUCAACCAGGACGCAGAUCCCGUUCUCAGCCCA